AUGGCUUCCUCCGAAGAUACUCAGAACCCAUCUCCGUCCAACGGUGCAGGACCGGGGAGACAACCAUCUUGGACACAUCCCACACGAACUUGCCGGGUGUGCCUCGAAGAAGUCCCUGCCACGGUUACUCUGUACCCUCCGGGUCUCCCUCCUGCCUUCCAACGUCCCGUCGUCGAGUACAAGAAUGAAGAUGAGUACGGCCGAUUGGUCAAGCCAUGUCACUGCAGAGGUGGGAUGCGGUACAUCCACGAGUUGUGUCUGCGCCGCUUAAGAACUGAGAGCGUGCGGCCAGGCUCGCUCUGGAAGUGCCACCAGUGUGGCUACAAAUUCAACUUCAACAGACUCACCGUGCAGAAAUAUCUCGACAGCAAGAUAUCCUCCGGGGUUCUCACCAUUUUGGUCAUGCUGGUGGUGAUGUUCUUCCUUGGGUUUGUGGCGGAUCCCAUACUCAAUUUAUACGCCGAUCCUUAUGAGACAAUCGUUGGCCACGAGGAUGUGUGGCAACCCGUUAGGGUCAACGAUCCCCGGGGAGGGGCAUCGGGGUGGGCUCAACAUUUCACCAAAGGGAUGGUUUCAAUGGGGUUGCUGAGUUUCGUGAGGACAAUGAUAUUGAAUCCCUUCCAAUGGUGGAAUCUGAGGAACACCGGUUUCGUUAGCAGCAGGAUUUCAGGCAGAUCCACAACAGGACGAGACCGGGCCAUCAAUGUCAGCUGGAUAGCGGUGGCUAUGGGGAUUCUGUCGGCAUCAUACUUCUUCUAUAAGUGGGUGCAGACGAUCAUUAGCAAAUCUCUCUCACAAAUCGGGAACAAUAUUGUUGAUACCCAGCUACCCGGUGACGAUGAGGAUCUCAAGCCGCCUCGGGGAUGGAAAUACGAGGACACUUAUCCUAACGCUGACAACGCUGGAGCCAAUGUUCAACGUGAUGAGAAUGCGCAAACAGUCGACAACGCAGCCAAAGAGAAGGAGCAAGAGUCUGAUACGGUCGGACAAGGCACCAUGCCAGGAACUUGGGGCUCUACUGCUUACAGCUCUGCCCUGGACGAUGUCCAAUCCCAGGACUGGUCUUUCAGAGGACUCUAA